GCGGGCUGGACGCCCCGCGCACUAGGAAGUGACGCGCCGUCGGAGGAGCGGCCGAGGGGGGCCCGGGGAGCGGGCUGGCCGCCCCCGACGCCGAGCGGGACGCCCCCGGGCAGCUUCCGCGUCCAGAAGGUGCCAACGUCCACGCCUCACGUGACCCGGGGACCAUGAUCUGAGGGGUCCGAGCGGACCGAAGAGGGGCGGCUCCCUCCUCGGCGAGCCGGAGCGGGCUCGCCGUCCUCUGGCCCGGCCCUCCGGCGCCCACCCGGGCCCAGCGGGCCCGGACCCCCCGCCAUGAGCCUGCAGGCCCAGCCCAAGGCUUCCGGCAAGAGGACGGGCAAGCGCAUCUCGUUCUUCGGGGAGCGGGACGCGGCCCCGGGCAGGGAGGAGCAGCCGGGGCCGCCGAAGGAAGGGCAGUACUACGGGGCCGGGGGCGCCGGGCCCGCCGCCCAGGGGGCCGAGCUGCCCCCCGGGAGCCUGGCCCUGCUCAGCUCGGUGGUCUACGGCGCCCAGGAGCGGGCAGACCCCCUCAGGUGGCAGAACCCGGCCGCGGGCCGGAUGCCCGACAGGGGCGACGCGGCCUGGCAGGCGGGCCUGUGGAACCACGGCCUGGCCGUCUACGGGGGCCAGAAGGGGCACGUUCCCGGCGGGGCGGGGGGCCCGGCCUUCCCCGGCGCCCCCGAGCCCCCCGGGCCGGGCCCGGAGAAGGCGGGGGCGGUCCCGCGGGCUCGCUACGGUGACGCGGCCCGGCUCGACGCCUUCCACCCGCCGCCCAAGAAGUCGCCCGGCCAGUCGCUGCCCCUCCAGCCCUUCCAGCUGGCCUUCGGCAGCCAGAUGACCCGCCACGUGUUCCGGCAGGCGCCCUCCGCCCCCGGCCUGGCCCCCGGGCCCUCCUUCCCCCCUCAGCCGCAGAAGCAGCCGGCCCUCCCUCAGCUGCAGCUCUUCGAGAACCUGUACCCCCGGCCGCCGCCCCGGCCCCCGCCCGACUACGUCCUCCGGCCGGCGGCCCCCCUGGGGCCGGCGGGACCCCCCCGGGCCUUCUCCUCCGCCCGCGAGCUCAACCAGGAGCUGCUCAGUGCCCUCAUCCAGGCCCCCGUCCAGCCGUCCGUCCUACCUCAGGCCCCCUUCCCGCGCCGCUCCCGCCGCCUCUCCAAAGAGGGGGUCCCCCCGCCGCCCACCGUGGCCGACGGCCCCGCCCUCCGGCCCGGGCCGCUCCCGCCCGGCGGAGACCCGUUCCCUCAGCGCUGGCCGCCCGGGCCCCCGGGCCUCCCCGGCCCGCCCUGCCCGCCCUACCCCGAGGGCCCGGCUCUCCAGAGGGCCGUCUGCCCUCCCCCGCGGCCGGAGCCGAGGUGGGGGACCGGCCCGGCCCAGAACGGGCGGGAGAGGGAGUUCCCGGCGGCGGACGGGGCCCGGAGGCCCGGGGACCCCGGGCCGCUGGUGAGGGGGGGCGUCAUCCAGAGCACGCGGCAGCGGCGGCGGGGCUCUCAGGAAGCCAACCUGCUCACCCUGGCCCAGAAGGCCGUGGAACUGGCCUCGCUCCAGGACCGCCAGGAUGAAGACCCCGCCGAGGGGAAGCGGAAGAGCGUGGUGGCGUCGGUGGCCGCCCAGAGCGUGGUGGAGUUCGCCGGGUCCCCCACGCCGCCCAAGAGGGCCCGGGAAGACAGCGGGCUGGUGCCCCUCGUCAUCCCCGUCUCCGUGCCCGUGUACCGGGCGGACCCGCAGGAGGGGGCCCGGGACGCGCCGGCCGGAGAGGGCAAGCUGCCCCACGUCCCCGCGGCCGAGCGGGGACCCGCCGACUGCAAGCCGUCCGUCAUCGUCACCCGCAGGAGGUCCAACCGCAACGUGGCGGCCGAGCCGCCCGCCCAGGCCGGGGACGCCGACCCGAAGGGAGAAGGGGACGCCUCGGCCCGGAAGCCGAAGCAGCGGCCCCGGCCCGAGCCCCUCUUCAUCCCCCCGAAGGCGGGCACCUUCAUCGCCCCUCCGGUCUACUCCAACAUCACCCCCUACCAGAGCCACCUGCGGUCUCCGGUCCGCCUGGCGGACCACCCCGCCGACCGCAGCCUGGAGCUGCCGCCUUACACCCCCCCGCCCAUCCUCAGCCCCGUGCGCGAGGGCUCCGGCCUCUACUUCAACGCCAUCCUGUCCGCCGGCGGGCUGCCCGCCCCGCCGCCCGGCACGCCCAAGAGCGCCCACCGCACCCUGCUCCGCUCCAACAGCGCGGAGGUCACGCCUCCCGUCCUCUCCGUGAUGGGGGAGGCCACCCCGGUCAGCAUCGAACCCCGGAUCAACGUGGGGUCCCGCUUCCAAGCCGAAAUCCCCCCGCUGCGGGACCGGACCCUGGCGGCCGCGGACGAACACAAGGCCCAGCUGGUGUGGCGGCCCUGGGAGGGCCCGGGGGCCGUCGGGGAGAGCCGGGGGCGAGUUGAAGACCUGCUGACGGCGGCCUGUUCGAGCAUCUUCCCCGGGGCGGGCACCAACCAGGAGCUGGCGCUCCACUGCCUGCACGAAGCCCGCGGCGACAUCCUGGCGACGCUGACCAAGCUGCUGCUGCGGCACCCGCUCCGGCCGCCCGACCACCCGCUGGCGGACUAUCACUACACAGGCUCGGACCGGUGGCGGUCGGCCGAGAAGAAGCUCUUCAACAAGGGCAUCGCCAUCUACAAGAAGGAUUUCUUCCUGGUGCAGAAGCUGAUCCAGACCAAGACGGUGGCCCAGUGCGUGGAAUUCUACUACACCUACAAGAAGCAGGUGAAAAUCGGGCGCAACGGCACCUUGACCUUUGGGGACGUCGAGACCGCCGAGGAGAAGACCCAGCAGGAAGAAGCGGAAGUGAACAUCAAGAAUUCCCAGAGGUUCUCCCGGGUCCCCCCGGCCCGGAGAGAGGCCCCGAGGCCGGCGCGGAGGGAGGCCAGGAAGGAGGCCUCCCCGGCGGAGGAGGUGGAGGAGGAGGAGAAGGAAGAGGAGGAGGAAGCGCCGGAGCGGAGCCGCCGGGCCGCCGCGUGCAGGGCCUCACAGGCGCUCCAGGCUGGCGAGGCGGUCCGCGACGUCUGCGUCCCGCGCGGCCACGAGCCCAACGGGCCCGGGCCGGCGGGCGACCGCGCCGCGGAGAAGCUCCGAGCCGGGGCCGUCAAGUCCCGCCGGACCCUGCCUUUCACGGAGAGGAAGCCCGCCGAGCCCCUCGGGAAGACCCACAACCAGGAGAACACCUUCCCCUGUAAAAAGUGCGGCAGGGUGUUCUUCAAAGUGAAGAGCCGUAGCGCCCACAUGAAGAGCCACGCCGAGCAGGAGAAGAAGGCGGCCGCGUUGAAGCUGAAGGAGGAGGAGGAGGAGGAGGAGGGGGAGGAAGAGGAGGAGGAGGAGGAGGAGGCGGCGAUGGCCGUCGCCCACUCCCGGCAGCCACGGGACGGCGGCGACGGCAGCAGCGAGAGCGCAAGCCCCGACGGCGGCUCCGACGAGGACGGCGGGCCCUAGCGAGGGGGUGAGCGCUUGCGGGGGGUCGCUUCUCCCCCGCUCCCCUCGCCUCCCCUCCCUCCCGCCUACCCCGACGGCGUCGGGAAGGCAACGGAACCGGUCGGAUUUUAGGGAGUGGGCUCCGGGGGGCCGGGAGGGGGAUAACCCAACCGGCUCUUAUUUGUAAAAGCCGCCGGAACAGGGUUCGCCGGGGUCCGGAGGAGACCGCCGGUCAGUCAGCCUGGGAUUCGCUGAGCGCUUACCGUGUACGGGAUCUCCGUACUCGGCCCUGUCGGUAGACGCCUUCCCCGCCCGGGACGAGCUCACCCCGCAGCCCCGUCGAUCGGUGGUAUUUACUGAGCGCUCACUGGGUGCAGAGCACCGUAUGAAGCGUUUAGGAGAGGACAGUACAACAGGAGGCAGACGCGUUCCCCGCCCACGACGAGCUUGUGAUCUGGAAGAUGGGCGUUCGUGUCCAACCCGAUGAGCUCGCAUCCACCCCGGCGCUUAAAACAGCGCUUGGCACAUAGGUAGCACGUUGUUACUAUGAUCAUUAUUGUUUAGAUUCAGGACCCAAAAUGAGUUUUCCACGAAAACACCACCCCCGGGCCCCCGGUUUCAGAGCCUCAGGGUGGAGCGAGCUAAAUUUUGUUGUUUUUUGGGGUUUUUUUUGGUAUGGUAUCUGUUAGGCGCUCACUAUGUGCCAGGCACUGGACUAAGC